AUGACAUCCUCAGCUUUCAUAAACAUGACAUCACCAGCAGUCAUUAACACGACAACAUCACUUGUCAUUAACACGACAUCAGCACCUGUCAUUAACAUGACAUCCUCAGCUGUCAUAAACAUGACAACAUCACAUGUCAUUAAGAUGACAGCAUCACCUGUCAUUAAUACGACAGCAUCAGCUGUCAUACUGUCAGAGAACCCAGGUAAACAGAACCUGCUGUCGCCUGUCCAGUACAACCUGAUGAUGUUCCUGCUCCUGCAGGUGCUGUGGCCGUGUCUGGAACUUCUAGGACUGCUCGCCAACCUACUCAACAUCCUCACCUUCCCCCAGCUCGGCUUCAACGACAGCAUCAACGUCUCCUUCUUCAUCUUAUCUAUUGUCGACUUCCUUUUCCUCAUCUGUUCCAGCCUCAUCAACACCUUCACGGCCAUAGGUCUGUACGCCUCACAGGCCACGCCCACCGUCAAGAUGCACGCGCUCUCCGGGUACCUGACCUGGUACAGGCACAUCCUGUUCAACACUUCCGUCUGUGUACAGACUUACAUCGCUGUAGCUCGCUGCUGUUGCGUGUCCAUUCCGUUAAAGUUUAAAAACUUCUUCAACGUCAGGAAAGCCUUGGUGAUGUUCUGCAUCAUCGUGGUGGUGAAUGUGACGACCAACAUCACGCUCUUUACAUCACAGGGCGUGUCGUGGCAAUGGAACCCUGUCCUGAACGUUUCACAGCUGACGUCGUGGUACGCCCCUGACUGGACUUUGUAUAAAUACAUCAACGAUAUCGGCAACAGAACGCUGUUUCCUAUCGUGGCGCUGGUCACUUCUGGCGUAUGUGCUGCCAUACUUAUACGAGCUUUAUACCGAGCAUCAAAAUUUAGGAAUCAAAUGCAGAGCAAUUUUAAAAGUGAAUUACCGAAACAAAAGAAGACAAGCAUAGUUGAUAUCAUAGCACAAGCGCAGGAAUCAGACAUUAAUAUAUCAAGAAAACAUUUGUUUAGUUUUACUAAAAAGGUGGCAGUUAAAAAGUCGGAGAGUUUAGUCGAUUCUCAAAAUUUGGAGACUAUUAAGGGCAGGUCACAGGGUAACCGUUUUAGUACAGCUGCCAAGAAUGUAAACAUACAGAGAAGCGAACUGAGAGCUGAAUCGUACAACUACUUUAUGAGCAGCAAGGAACUUCGUGUGGUCAAGGCCGUUAUGUUGGUGACCGUAGCCUCGACCUUGACAUUGCUGGUUGUAUCCAUCAACGCCAUCGCUCAGGUUGUUGAGCCGGAACUUCUGCCUUUAAGGAAGUAUGACGUCAUCUACUCCUUGACCAGCCACGCCGGCUACAUGGUCAUAGCGGUCAACUGCAGCAUCAACAUCGUCAUUUACUUCCGGUUCAACACCCGAUACAGGGAAACUCUGACCCGUAUGUUCACAACAUCGCUAUCAACAGUUGAAUCAACACUGCCAUAG